GGUUUCAGUUCAUAAUAGAUGAUGGCUGAAAAUAUUCUCUAAUAAUUAGUUUGACUUUGCUGUUUGAAUGGAAUAUCGCUACUACAGGUAUGUGUAGCAGUGUUUCAAACGCACAGUUGGCUGUUUUUUCCUCGCAUGAGUGGUCACGCGCCCUUUCUGUCGUUGCACAUGAAUUAUUCCCACAGUCUCCGGAUAGGCUAUUAAUGCGUUUUUUCGCGGUGCCCGCUGUCUUAAUGCGUUUUCCCAGUUUCUAACAAAUAAUUCACUCUGUCUCGGGCGCGUGAUGCACUGCAAAAUUGAAAGAUGGCGCGAAAGAGCUCUUGAGUCGGCGCGGCGCGUUCAGGUGCACACACCUCCAGCAAAAACUACGCACUCAGCUCUGUCUGGUGUCUGCUUCAGCCCGAGUCAUUUUAGGUGCACGGAAGGGAUAACGCUAGGCGCAUAAUCUCAACAGUACGUUCAGCUCCUCUGUAUUUCCAAGGAAGACACGCAAAGGACUGCCAUGAGCCGUCGUGUCUAGUGACCCGCUGGCGAUGGGAACUGACCGGCAUACUGAUACGCUCCGCCAGCAGCGUCAGCAUCCGGGAUCGAGACAGACGCAAGAACACCUCGCCGCGCCACUUUGGUUUUCGUUAGAGUUGCUCAUUUCUUUGCGUUUGUAGUAUUUUGAUGUUGGUCUUGUCGUCGCGCAUGCGUUGCUGUGUAGUUGUAAUUGCUGGAGCGCUUCUUCAGACUGAGUUUGGGCUACUGCUUCUCGGUCGAUGAUGAGAGGGAUGCUGGUCGCUCGGGAUCACUGGCGCGCGGGGAUCUUGUGUCUCCUAGUGCUCGUGGCUUUGACGGUCGGUCGCAGCCCGCCAGCUCACAGUGUAAAUGAACCAAGCAACAUGUCAUAUGUCAAAGUCACCGUGGAUAAACUACUCAAAGGCUACGACAUCCGUCUCAGGCCUGACUUUGGAGGUCCUCCGGUUGAUGUCGUUAUGAGUAUCGACAUCUCCAGUAUCGACAUGGUGUCAGAAGUGAACAUGGACUAUACCAUCACCAUGUAUUUCCAGCAGUCUUGGCGUGAUAAGCGCCUGUCCUACACAGGGAUUCCCCUCAAUCUUACUUUGGAUAACCGAGUGGCUGAUCAACUAUGGGUGCCUGAUACUUACUUUAUUAAUGACAAGAAAUCUUUUGUCCACGGGGUCACAGUGAAGAACCGCAUGAUUCGUCUGCAUCCUGAUGGGAAUGUGCUCUAUGGCCUCAGGAUAACUACCACAGCUGCAUGCAUGAUGGAUUUGCGGAGAUACCCGCUGGAUGAGCAGAACUGCACGCUGGAGAUUGAAAGUUAUGGCUACACCACAGAUGACAUUGAGUUCUACUGGCAGGGAGGACGUUCAGUGACGGGGGUGGACAACAUUGAGCUGCCGCAAUUCUCUAUUAUUGAUUAUAAAACACUGUCUACGAAAGCGGUGUUUGCCACAGGGUCAUAUCCUCGUUUGUCUCUCAGUUUUAAACUGAAGAGAAACAUUGGAUAUUUCAUCCUGCAGACCUACAUGCCUUCAACAUUGAUCACCAUCCUGUCCUGGGUCUCUUUCUGGAUCAACUAUGAUGCUUCUGCUGCAAGAGUUGCGCUAGGAAUCACCACCGUUCUGACUAUGACCACAAUCAACACUCAUCUUAGGGAGACUUUACCCAAGAUCCCUUAUGUGAAGGCCAUAGACAUCUAUCUGAUGGGCUGCUUUGUCUUUGUGUUCCUGGCCUUGCUUGAGUAUGCCUUCGUCAACUACAUAUUCUUCGGCCGGGGUCCACACUUGCAGAAGAAAGUGGCAGAAAAAGCUGCAAAAAGCAACAAUGGAAAGAGUCGGAUGGAGAGUAACAAAGUUCAGUUUGAUGUCCAUGGAAACAUUCCCCUGACAAACCUUGACCUGCGCCUUAGUGGAGCAGAGAUGUUAGGUGCUUUUGGGGACCCAAGGAACACCAUGUUCUCUUAUGAUAGUGCCAGCAUCCAAUACCGUAAGCCCCUUACAGGUCGGGACCUCUAUGGCCGGCCCACCGCCUCUGUCGAGAGGCCAGUGGCACGAAAAAAGAGUCGUCUUAGGAGGCGAGCCGCUCAGCUAAGGGUGAAGAUUCCAGACCUGACAGAUGUAAACGCCAUCGACAAGUGGUCACGUGUCAUCUUUCCCAUCACCUACACCUUCUUUAACUUAGUAUACUGGCUGUAUUAUGUCCACUAGGGAGCAGCACUGACUCGACCCAGCCAUUCACACAUCAGGUCAGGCUCUCUUACCCUCCUUGUGGUUUUGACCAUCAGUCAGACGGGAGGAAAAGGUGCAUUCUGUAGGUAACCCUUCUCUGUAAAUUAUUAAACUAUAAAGAAUAUAUCAUAUAAAUCUAUAUUAUAAUUUUGAAAUAAGAAAAUAAUAAGCUAAAAAAAUUACUACCCAUCUUUUAAAGCUGUUUAAUGUAGAUUAUGUCACAAAUAUUAGUUUAAAAAUUGUCACUGGAUUUUUGCACUUUGCUUCUGUAGGAUGAGUUUCACUGACUGCUGAAAGUACAACUUCACAAUGGGGAGAAAAAAGGCUAUCUUUAGAGACGACUGCACUGCAGCUGCAUGCCAGACAGGCUUAAAUCUUUAAAACAGCAUUUGGAAGUUGUUUUAAGGUCUUAAAGAGAUGUUCUUGGUUUAUUACAAGCUCUAUCAACAACAUUUGUGCCAUAAAUUUCAUUACCUCACAAAAUAAUUUUAACUCAUCCCUCAGGUUUUUAUAAUAAAUAGUUGUAAUUUUGAAAAUAAUUACAAGUUACUUUUAUCUGGUACUUUCACAUCAUGUAGAUUUUAUUAAAGCUUUACCCCUGUGUUUUGCAACAAUGUAAGCAUUUAGUUAUUCAGUAUAGUAAAACUGUUUCUCUUUGAGGUCAAUGUGACCCCAGCACAAGAUUGGGAAGGUUAGUAAGUCUUGGAGCGUCAGCCUAAUUCUGUUCGGUAUUUGUGGUAUUAGUAUUUAAUUGUGGUUACUGUAAGACACUAACAAUGGAAGUACAUAAACCAGGCAAUUGAAAUAAUAAUACCACACAACAUAAGUUAUUCAUAUUGGCAU